UCCUCGGGCUGGCGCCGCCUGGCCUCGUCCACCCUGCAGCUUUUGUGCCCUGCCUUACCCUGCCUUGUCUUGCCGCCCCACACGUCACUCCCACCACCACGCCCACGCCUCGCCCUCACACAUCAAUGAAACGAAGUCACAAUGCUGACAAACUCCUUCGUGUCGCUAGUGACGGAGUACUUCCGCCACACCAACAUGACGGAGCAGCUGGCCGCCGUGUCCCCGCUGGGCUUCUCCCUGCACGCUGGGGACUGGUGGUGGGCUGACUGUGGCGCCCACGAAGGCGCCCUCUGGAGCCUGCUAUUCUAUCUGGUCGGAGCGUUGCUUCUGUUCCUCGCCUACCGCGCCGCAUUUUCCCCCGUCGACCGUGUUAAGGACCUGACGGAGGUGGGGUGGGGCUGCCUGGGCGGGGGUCGCAAGGCCUCGCUGGCUGAGAGGAUCCGGGAGGUGCAGCGGCUGAGGAAGAAGGGAAACCUGCCUCCCGUGUACCCCAAUGGCUGGUUCGCGGUGCUGCAGUCAAGGGAGCUCGCCAAGGGACAGGUGAAGUCAGUGCAAGUGUUCGGCCAAACCUUAGCGGUGUUCAGAGGCGACGACGGCGUGGCGCAUGUGACGGACGCCUACUGCCCGCACAUCGGCGCUAACAUGGCAGUGGGCGGCGUUGUGAAGGGGGACUGCCUCGAGUGUCCCUUCCACGGCUGGCGCUUCCGAGGCUCCGACGGAAAGUGUGUUGACAUUCCUUACUCUACCAAAGCCAUCCCGCGGACUGCUAGCGUGAAGACGUGGAUCAGUCGAGAGGUGACGGGGUUCAUCUUCGUGUGGCAUGACGCAGAGGGCCGUGAUCCGAUGUGGGAGGUGCCCGCCGUGCCCCAGGUGGAGGAAGGUAGCUGGACGUACCGAGGCAGGACAGAGCACCAGAUUCUUGCCCAUAUCCAGGAGAUGCCGGAGAAUGGUGCAGAUGUGGCCCACCUCGCUCAUCUCCACGUGCCUAUCAUCUUCAAGGGAAGCGACCUGAGGGACAUCUUCGCUAAGAACUCGCUGCUGGACUUCGCUAAACACACCUGGAGUGGGGAGUGGGAGGCGCGCGCCGCUCCAGAGUCUCACGCAGCAGACCUCACCAUCAAGCAUUCCUUCUCGCUCUUCGGCGGCAGACUCAAACUGUUUAGCAUGAUGGUCAAGGUGGAACAGCUUGGCCCUGGCUUGGUGUACCUGUACUUCAACACCAUCCUGGGCUCGGGCGUGCUGGUGCAGACGGUGACGCCCUUGGAGCCGCUCCGGCAGAAGGUGGUGCACCAGUUCUUUUCCUCCAGGACUUUCAUCGCGCCUUGUGCCAAGUUUGUCAUUCUCUCCGAAGCCAGACACUUCGAGCGGGACAUCAUGGUGUGGAACAACAAGCAGUACCUGUCCCAGCCGCUCCUGGUGUCCGAGGAUCGCUUCAUCGUCAAGUUCCGCCGCUGGUACAGUCAGUUCUACUCGGAGAAUAGCCCCAAGUUCAGCUUCACCAAGGAGAGCCUGGAGUGGUAGUAACAUCACGCGACACGGAGUAGACAUCUCGACUCCCUAUGAUAUAAAUCAAGACACGAACAUUGACCAGCUUCAAGGAGAGUCUGGAGUGAAGUGGUAACCGCUGACGCUGCCCUGGCUCUCGCAACACUCACCAGAAGCUGCUCAGAUCCCUGUGAUUCAAUUUAACCACUUUACUGCCACGGCGAUCCUUAAUCAACCUUCAGACCACUGUAAAAGUUCUUUGCUUGAAGGCAAAAGAAAAAAAAAGAGAAAAUAAAGAGAUUAUUAACCUUUAAUGAGGCUGCAGAAA